AUCCACAUUUCUGCUCAUUAAUUGAUUCUUUCUCAUAACACAAGAAAUUAUACGCAGCUAGCCAGUUUAAUUUGUUGCCUGAAUUAUUUCCAGUACACGUACUACUAAACACACACAAGCAGAUCGAAAGAGCAAUGGCAGGUUUCAACAGCCAAAGAUGGUCUCUGAAGGGAAUGACUGCCCUCGUCACUGGUGGAACUAAAGGCAUUGGAUAUGCCAUCGUGGAAGAGCUAGCCGGACUAGGGGCGACAGUGCAUACCUGUGCUCGUAAUCAAGAACAGAUCGACGAGUGGGUUCGAGAAUGGAAGAGCAAGGGUUUUCAAGUGAGUGGCUCGGUGUGUGACCUCACAUCCAAAUCUCAAAGAGAGGAGCUCAUGAGAACUGUUUCCUCUAAGUUUGACGGCAAACUUAACAUCCUCGUAAAUAAUGCAGCAACAGUCACGCUAAGAAGUACUACAGAAUAUGCUCUGGAAGAUUUGUCAAGUAUGAUGAGCACAAAUGUUGAAUCCCCCUAUCAUCUUUGUCAACUUGCAUACCCUCUCCUCAAGGCCUCCGGCAAUGGAAGCAUCGUCUUCAUCGCCUCCAUUGCUGGUUUAAAAGCUCUACCUAGACUUUCUGCCUAUGCAGCAACGAAAAGUGCCGUCAUCCAGAUUUCAAAGAACUUGGCGUGUGAAUGGGCUAAAGACGGCAUUCGAACAAACACUGUAGCACCUUGGGCAGUUAACACCGGAGUUAAAGUCGAAAACGAUGACCACUCUGACGACUUCAGACGUCUAAUAGGUCGAACUCCCAUCCGUCGUGUGGCAGAACCUAAUGAAAUCUCAUCGCUGGUCACUUUUCUCUGCCUUCCCGCUGCUUCUUACAUCAACGGACAAGUUGUUAGUGUGGAUGGAGGAUUUACCGUCAGCGGUUUUUAG